GUUAGAUUAGAGCCCUAGCUCCCUAAUGCAUUUUGAAGUCAUCCACUUUCCCGUUUCUUCUUUCAACCACACAAUGUUUGUUUGUCUACGCUUCGUCGCAGGAAAGAUCUGUUAAUUACGAGUAUCUUUUAGCCGUUUAGGACCAAAACCGCACUGCUUUAUCCACUCUUUCCCAGUCUUUCCUUUCAUCGCCUCCGGCUACAAUGGCUGCUUCUUCUCCUACUAUAAUCCCUACCCUGUCAACGUCCCGCUUAUCCAAGACACCGGUAUCGUGCUCUUCGUCUCCUUCCCUCACCGCCUUCAACAUAUUCCCCAGUGCCUUAAGGCCUCUGCUGCUCCACACGAAGAGGAACAAGCAUUCUGAGAUGCUCGCCAAUGCCCAACAGACUUUUGAAUUCUCGGGUUCAUUAUUCGAUUCCGAGUUCGAAGAUGAUUACGAGCCACCAUCUACUCCCGGUUGGGGCAUUUCCGAUAUGGAAGAUAGAGAGGAGCCCCAGUGUCCUCCAGGGCUGAGGCAGUAUGAAACAAUGGCGGUUUUGAGGCCCGACAUGUCUGAGAAUGAACGGUUAGCACUCAUCCAAAAAUAUGAAGAGUUGCUUGUUGCUGGGGGUGGUGUGUAUGUGGAGGUGUUCAAUCGAGGGAUUGUUCCUCUUGCUUAUGGUAUUAAGAAGAAAAACAAAGCAGGAGAGACCAACAUAUACUUUGAUGGAAUCUAUAUCUUGUUCACAUAUUUUACCAAACCAGAGUCCCUAGAAGAACUUAAGGAGAUGCUGAAUGCUGAUGACAAUGUCAUCCGUUCAACCAGUUUCAAGAUAAGGAAAAGGAAGUAUUGAUUUCUUGCGUGGCUCAUGGAGUGACUAUUCAUUCCAGGUUUAGGCAUUUAGUAUGAAUUUGCUUCCUGGAAUAAUGAAGUCCCUAGACUCAUUGUCUUCCCCUAGUGAUUGCUUUCCCAUGUUUUGAAGCAGCUGUGCAUAUGAUAUUGGUAUAUGAAAAUCUGAUUGAUCUAUGUGUCCUGCACCAAUCACAUGUACUAAAUAGUAAUUUAACUAAUUGUUAAUC